CUUGAACUACAUGGAUGACGUGUAUGUGUAGGUCCUUCGGUCUUCCGGGUGUGUAUAAACAGAUCGCAGACGGAGCCGCCUCGCCCAAAACAUGUCUAAAGUAACGUUUAAAAUCACCCUGACGUCGGACCCCCGGCUGCCAUACAAAGUUCUAAGUGUCCCAGAGAGCACACCGUUCACGGCAGUUUUGAAGUUUGCAGCUGAGGAGUUCAAAGUGCCAUCAGCAACCAGUGCGAUAAUAACAAAUGACGGAAUAGGAAUCAAUCCUGCCCAGACUGCAGGGAACGUGUUUCUAAAACACGGCUCAGAGCUUCGCAUCAUUCCCAGAGACAGAGUGGGAGGACAGGGAGACUGAUGCUGCUUUUCCUCGUUGACGGCAUAAUGACUCACACAGCAGAAUCAUAUAACACUUGAGACCCAGGAAACACCUCAGCGUGUGUCAUAUUUAUUUUCUGGCCCACAACUGACAGCGACUCGCAUGAGCAAAUGUAUAUUGAACUUAUCGAUGACGUGCACAUACAUUUGUGUGUCCCCCGUGUCUUCAUUCUUAGUCAUGUUCACAAGUUUGGAGCAACAGCCACAGAGAUACUGAGUAAUUACAAUACACAACAACAGCGGCAUCAUUGGAAAGAUUUUAGUUGAAAUUAACAAACAACUGAGACAACAGUAGCUUUUGUAUCUUUGUAAAUGACAAUAAACUAUCAAAAUGACUAACAGGACAUGUCUGUUUUGCUGUGUGUACUUUUGUUUUACUGGCUUUGCAAAUACAUCAGUGUUAACUUUUUUCUUUUUUUACAUAUAGCAUUAUUUUUUAAGUGGCUGCUGAUGGAGGUAAUUUAUCUGUUCACAUGAUUUACUCUUUUUUUUUUUUAAUGUCAGAAGUAUUGCUCAGACACAACAUCCUUGUAUUAUGGAUCUGUUCUGAACUUGUAUUGUGGACCAGAUUCUGUAUCUUCAGAUCAACGUUUCAAACUAUUAAAUGGAACUGUGCAGA